UCAAAUGGACGAAACAGUGCAGCACGUAUUGGUCAACCUUUAUAUGCUCCGCUUCCUGCAUUUAUCCAGGUGAAGUCAAAAUUUGACUCGGAAUGGCGACGAUUCUCCUUGCAAUUCCAGGAUGGUAAACCACCUUCGUAUUUGGAAUUUCGUGCUUUGGUCGAAGGUCUUCAUUCGUUGCACAAUAAUUUUCGAAAAUCACUGGAAUCAGCACGUCCAACUUUGCGACUACUAAUACAACGGAAAGGUGAAUCAUGGGAAGAGAAAUAUGGCUAUGGAACCGAAACAAUAGAUCGACGUCGUAACAAAGGAUUAUCGAUGUUGUUACCGGCAGCAGUAUCCAGAGCACCCAAACGAAACUACAAUAUCUCAAAUCCCGAGGAUUUCCGACAGGUUCGUUUAAUGAGUAAAAUAUAGCU